UAACGUGAUUAAUUUACUCAAACAAUGGAAUAUCACAUCGUAGCAAGUGAUUUUGAUAUAGAGCUCAUAUAUUUUGCGCAGUUUCUGCAUAGCGGCGAUGAUACCGAACAACCACAGGCGGAGGCAAACAGAUUUGGGUCGUCCGGUUCAUGACAGCGUACCACAGAUUCGCGGGGAGGCUAGCUAUCGUACUGUAGGUUCUCGGAGUCUGAGGGCAUCUCUGAAAGGAUUUGCCCUGUGUAAUUGAUCGUAGAGGAUAUGGCGCAUUUAAACAGAAGGACUAUUUUGACUGCUGCGUUUUGACUGGAUUGCUAGCCAGCUAACUAGCUUUAGCUAAAUGCAUUGCAUUUGCUUCUAGCUAACUUGAGAUAGCAAACGUUACGUCGUGUUGCUAUCGAAACAUAUAGCCUGCAAGAAGUUGUGGAUUUAACGCUACGUUAGUUAGCUAACCAUGCAAUUAUUGCAUGCCAGAGACAAUCAGGAGUGGCUUGCUUAGAUAUACUGUCUCAUGUUUUGCUACAACGUUUGCCCUCUAACCGAUUUGGCAACACUCGCUAGGCCAAGUGUUAUCAAUUUGUGUAUUUUAAUUUGCUCGUGGUAAACGCUAGCCUCUAGGUAACUACCAACAACUUGGUUGUUCAAUGUCGGAGAAGAGUUCGAACUCGUCGGGCUCAGAUGAAGAUGUGGAUCCCGAAUCUGGGCAGCCUGUUGAACUCGGUGGCGUUCUAAGCAAGUGGACCAACUACAUUCACGGAUGGCAGGACCGGUGGGUAGUGUUGAAGAACAACACUCUGAGCUACUAUAAGUCAGAGGAUGAGCGGGAGUACGGCUGCAGGGGCUCUCUGUGUCUCAGCAAAGCUAUCAUCACUCCCCACGAAUUUGACGAGUGUCGUUUUGACAUUAGUGUGAACGACAGUGUGUGGUACCUACGGGCAGAGGACCCAGAGCACCGGCACCAAUGGAUUGACUCCAUCGAUCUACACAAGGCGGAGUCGGGGUAUGGUUCAGAGUCCAGUCUGAGGCAUCAUGGCUCCAUGCUGUCUCUCACCUCUGCUGCCAGUGGCUUCUCUGCCACCUCCACUUCCUCCUUCAAGGGCCACAGCCUGCCGGAGAAGCUGGCGGAGAUGGAGACGUUCAGAGACAUCCUCUGCAGACAGGUGGACACGCUGCAGAAGUACUUUGAUGGCUGCGCAGAUGGCAUCUCCAAGGACGAGUUCCAGAGAGACAGAGUGGUGGAGGAGGAUGAAMACGACUUUCCCUCGAGCACACGGCCCGAUGGCGACUGCCUUUACAACAACAACGGCAGCAAAGAGAAGCUGUUUCCCCCUGCUAAUCCUAAGGGCAUGAAUGGGAUCGACUUUAAGGGCGAGGCCAUCACGUUUAAGGCCACUACAGCUGGGAUCCUGUCCACCCUUUCCCACUGCAUCGAACUCAUGGUGAAGAGAGAGGACAGCUGGCAGAAGAGACUUGACAAGGAGCUGGAGAAGAGGAGAAGGGUGGAGGAUGCCUACAAGUCGGCCUUGAGUGAACUGAAGAAGAAAUCUCACUAUGGAGGCCCCGACUACGAGGAGGGUCCUAAUAGCCUCAUAAAUGAGGAUGAGUUCUUUGAUGCGGUGGAAGCUGCCCUGGACAGACAAGACAAGAUAGAGGAGCAGUGUCAGUCAGACAAGGUGAGGAAACCCAGACUGACCCCAGUCCCUCCUGGAGACACAUACUCCACCAUCGGAACCCACCGCUUCGCCGAACAGGUGGAGGAGGUGGUCCAGAAUCACAUGACUUACUCCCUGCAGGACAUGGGUGGAGACGCCAACUGGCAGCUGGUGGUGGAGGAGGGUGAGAUGAAGGUGUACAGGAGAGAGGUGGAGGAGAACGGCAUCGUCCUGGACCCUCUGAAGGCCACCCAUGCAGUGAAGGGUGUGACAGGACACGAGUUAUGCCACUACUUCUGGGACACGGACGUACGCAACGACUGGGAGACCACCAUUGAAAACUUCAACGUGGUGGAGACGCUCUCAGACAAUGCUGUUAUAGUCUACCAGACACACAAGAGAGUAUGGCCCGCCUCUCAGAGGGACGUUCUCUACCUAUCAGCUAUCAGGAAGAUCCUGGCGACCAAUGAGAGUGACCCAGACACGUGGCUGGUCUGCAACUUCUCUGUGGAUCAUGACAACGCCCAGCCCACCAACCGGUGUGUCCGUGCGAAAAUCAAUGUGGCCAUGAUUUGCCAGACCCUUGUGAGCCCUCCAGAGGGCAACAAAGAGAUCAGCAGGGACAACAUCCUCUGUAAGAUCACCUACGUGGCCAACGUGAAUCCUGGAGGCUGGGCCCCUGCCUCAGUCCUCAGAGCUGUGGCCAAGAGGGAGUACCCCAAGUUCCUCAAACGCUUCACCGGCUACGUCCAGGAGAAGACCAGUGGGAAACCUAUCCUCUUUUAAAUCUCUACAGGCGGAACACAUUUUGUCCUGAAGAGACAUGGCUACAUUUCCGAUCAUUCAAGGGGCUCCCACAGACUACAUUACCCAUAUUAAUCCGUCAACCAGAAUGUCUCCAAACUAUAUUACCCAUGAUGAAAUAUCUGUAUCAAAUGAGUAGAAACUGGUUUAGGGCUUUAUUCUACCAGUAGUUGCUAGCCACCUGAGACACAAAAACAACCAAACAUUGUCAAACUGGAUAUGUAUUUGUAUAUAAAUUCAAGAAUUUCUAUGGCAAUAUUUUGAAUCAAUUGAACCAACUUUUUGCUUUUUGUAAAUUGUUUUGUACAUUUCGAAUUAUUACAUUUUUGACUAUACUUUGUUUGCAUUAACCACUGAUCGUUUUCAUGCUGCUAAUUUUACUACAAAAAGAAUGCAAGUAGACAGACGGAGAGCAGUGUGUUGAGUCUGGCUAGCCUUUGUCUUGUCCUCCCCUAGUGACGACCUGCCCUGGAGUCUAAUGGGGGGAAGGAGUCUAAAGCUUUGUACACAAUUUCUAUAUCUGUAGAUCAUUAUACAGUAGCUGUAAAGGAACACUAUGGAUGUGAUGUAUUGUACGGAGACAUUAGUUUACGUAAUGUAAAGGAUGUUGGCAAACGAAUUGGAAGAACUACAUAACUAGUCUGUUUUCAAAGGAAGGUGAUCUUUACGAUAACAAACUGAAUGUAUGGUAUAGAUGGAUAAGAUUGAAGUCAUUUGUUGAAUGUGACCCAUAAACACUAAGGUAUCAAUAGUUGGUAUCCACUGUUGACCCCCCCCCCUUCAGAUGGGGUGGCCAUUUUUUUCCACAUCCCUCGUUAACCUGUCAUGCCURAAACACCAGGAUGAGCCCUGAAAGAUGUCUGUUACAGUAUCAUACGACUAGAGACGCUACACUGGGGUCAGCAUUUCACAUGAUUUCUUACCUCAUUUUUAUUUGUUUACUUUCAUUUAAAGUUGUGAUUUUGCCAUCGACAAGGCUGUCAGAAUCCUCCACUCAGCUUGAGGGGUCAUAGAAUCCAUGGGGAAACAACAUUGCCAUGACGGUCAGAGGAGUGACAUCAGCUGAAGAAUGCAUUAAGCCUUUAAUUUUGUCUGAGGAAUUGACACGCUUUGUAUAUUUCUGUUUGUCUGAAGUGUUAUCAUUUGCUCUAAAUGCAAUUGGGCAAUGUUCUGUAAAUUAAAAUUGUUACACUACAGAAAU